UUUCCAACCGGAAGCGGCGGUGUGACCCGAUUGCGCAUGCGCCCUUCACACGUGUUGCCGUAGUGCCCCUUCCACCUUCGGGCCGGCGCGCACCAUGCUGCGAGCUUCCGUCCUUCGGUUGCUAGGACGCGCAGGGGCCAGUAGGGUCUCCCUCCUGGAAGACUCUGGUCCACGCCACUACUGCUCGGGCUCUCUCCGUGCUCGCGACGAUGCUUGCGACGCGCGUGCCUAUCUCACGACACCUAUUUUCUACGUGAACGCUGCGCCACACAUCGGGCACCUGUACUCGGCGCUGCUGGCUGAUGCCCUGUGCCGCCACCGCCGCCUCAUAGUUCCCUGCGCCGCCGCCACGCGAUUCUCCACCGGCACCGACGAGCAUGGUCUGAAGAUUCAGCAGGCGGCAGCUACUGCGGGCCUGGCCCCUACCGAGCUGUGCGACCGAGUGUCUUCCCAGUUCCAGCAGCUUUUCCGGGAGGCGGGUAUCUCCUCCACUGAUUUCAUCCGCACCACGGAAGUCCGGCACCAGAUUGCUGUGCAGCAUUUCUGGGGGGUGCUUAAGACCCGGGGUCUGCUCUAUAAGGGGCUCUACGAAGGUUGGUAUUGCGCCUCAGACGAGUGUUUCCUGCCUGAAGCCAAGGUCACUCGGCAGCCGGGCUCAUCGGGGGAUUCGUGUCCUGUAUCUCUGGAGAGCGGGCACCCAGUUUUCUGGACCAAGGAAGAAAACUACAUCUUCAGGCUUUCCCAGUUCCGGGAGCCGCUUCAGCGGUGGCUGCGGGCCGACCCCCGAGCGAUUACCCCCGAGCCAUUCCAUCAUGCUGUCCUUCAGUGGCUGGAGGAGGAGCUGCCCGACCUCUCCGUGUCUCGGAAGAGUAGCCACUUGCACUGGGGCAUUCCCGUGCCCGGGGACGAUUCCCAGACCAUCUACGUAUGGCUAGAUGCCCUGGUCAACUACCUCACUGUAAUUGGCUACCCAAAUGCUGAGUUCAAAUCUUGGUGGCCGGCCACUUCUCAUAUCAUAGGUAAGGACAUUCUCAAAUUCCAUGCCAUCUAUUGGCCUGCCCUCCUCUUAGGGGCCGGCAUGAGCCCGCCACAUCGCAUCUAUGUCCACUCCCACUGGACAGUCUGUGGCCAAAAGAUGUCCAAGAGCUUGGGCAACGUGGUGGAUCCUAGGACUUGCCUUGACCGCUACACUGUGGAUGGCUUCCGCUACUUUCUUCUUCGGCAGGGCGUCCCCAACUGGGACUGUGACUACUAUGAUGAAAAGGUGGUUAAGUUGCUGGACUCUGAGCUGGCAGAUGCCUUGGGAGGUCUCUUGAACCGAUGCACUGCCAACAGAAUAAAUCCUUCGGGGACCUACCCGGUCUUCUGCACUACCUGCUUCCCCAGUGAGCCAGGGUUGGUGGGGCCGUCGGUUCGUGCUCAGGCAGAGGAUUAUGCUCUGGUGAGCGCAGUGGCCACUUUGCCCAAGCAGGUAACAGACCACUAUGAUAACUUUCAGAUAUAUAAGGCCCUAGAAGCACUGUCCAGCUGUGUCAGGCAAACGAAUGGUUUUGUCCAAAGGCAUGCACCCUGGAAGCUGAACUGGGAGAACCCCGUGGAUGCUCCCUGGCUGGGUACUGUGCUUCAUGUGGCCUUGGAAUGUUUGCGAGUCUUUGGGACUUUGUUGCAGCCUGUCACCCCAAGCCUAGCUGACAAGCUGCUGUCUAGGCUGGGGGUGUCUGCCACAGAAAGAAGUGUUGGAGAGCUCUAUUUCUUGCCUCGAUUCUAUGGACAUCCAUGUCCUUUUGAAGGGAGGAAGCUGGGACCUGAUACUGGGCUUUUGUUUCCAAGACUGGACCAGUCCAGGGCUUGGCUGGUGAAAGCCCACAGGACCUAGAAACUCAGUUCUUACUGGCUUGUGGUAAAACAAACAAACAAGUUAUUUUGAUUUCAGGAAAGUUAUACUAGUGUUUUCUCGAGUGUUGCGUCAAAUGAGCACAUAAGCUGUGUCCCUGUGAAGAGAGGUGAACUGCCUUUCAGGUGCCUGUUCCCUAUUCUUCAUCUCUCUGUGCCCACUGACCACUGACCACUGUCCCUUUGUACACUCUGUCUGUCUCCAGGGAAAAGAUGGGUAAGAGACAAUGUUGCGAAUGUGAUUCUUUUUCUUUGUGUCUCCUUCCAAACCUCAGUUAUGUUAUUUGCCCAAGCUACCUCUCAUGGCUUUUCAUUGGCCUCCUCUGCUUCUCAGGCUAAUUAGUGCAAUGACUCUUACUGAGAGUGGGGGCUGGAGGCCCCUGCCUCAGCUUUUACUGGGUAGUCCACUUCGUUGGGUCUAUUAAAAAGAGAUUCUUUUAUUAAACCUUUAAAACCCAGAUGAUUUUUGCCAAUGUUCAUCCCUACUUUGUUAGUUAAUAGUCCAACCGUUGUGUUGUAUAAUGUUACACUUUAAUCAGUAGAUGGCUCUGAUCUCACACAUUUAAUUACUAAAGAUGGAGGUUUCAGAAUGUUUGGAAUAAAUUAGUUUUCUGCUUUCUAAUUUUGCAGAUCUUUAAAUUUCUGUUGCGUUUCUUAAAAUAAGGGAUAACUGCAACCACUGCUGUUUUAACAGAAAGCAAUAAAAAACUAUCAGAAUCCUCAUUUUUUUAGACUACUAAAAAUAACAUUUACUCUUUACAUGGUUAGUAAGCUAAAAGUUAAUGUAUCAUUUGUUUAUAGAUAAAUUAUAAGCUCUUAAAGUACUUGGUAUGUUAACAUUUUAAUUUAAACAUAAGGUUACAGGUACGAUUUUUAAAAAUCUGUAAAUAAUUCAAAAGGGCAGUAUUUUCUUUAUGUGUCUUAUAGUCUUAAUUUUGUUAUCCUCAUAUAUCAUUUACCUCAUAUGAUUUGGCCAAUCAAGAUCUAAAAUACAGUAUAGAAAUUGUUUAGUUUUCUUAAAUGUUGAUGCAUUUACUUUCAAGUAACUUAAACAUUAUUUCUUUUGUUCUUUUAAGUUAUUAAAGCUUGAAAGUUUGUAAGUA